ACCACAGGGCGAAGCUGAUAAUGCCGACUCUGUCCGUAAAUGAAAGUGAAAGAUUUAAAGCCAGAGUUGGCAGUUCAGCAAGAAACACGAAUAGGAUUCUGGAAUAAUAAGAUAUUUACAUUGCAAGUGUCCCGAUGGAGAGAGCAGACUCCCCUGUACCCAGCUGUGUUUCCAUGAAGAGUGACAGGUCAAUGGAUCGACCAGUCAAAUUCAGAGAGGGACCUUUUCCUACAGAUCAAAGUGUCCUGAUGGAGAGAGCAGACUCCCCUGUAUCCAGCUGUGAUUCCCUGAAGAGUGACGCGUCAAUGGAUGAACCAAACAACUUCAGAGAGGGACCUUUUCCUACAGAUCUACGUGUCCUGGUGGAGAGAGCAGACUCCCCUGUACCCAGCUGUGUUUCCAUGAAGAGUGACAGGUCAAUGGAUCGACCAGUCAAAUUCAGAGAGGGACCUUUUCCUGCAGAUCAAAGAGUCCAAAUGGAAGGAUGCAGGUCAGAUGUACAGGAUAAACCGGGUUUAUCUUCCAUAUUGAAGUCACUAGAGGAAAAUGCUGUGAGGUUCCUGAAGGAUGAGCUGAAGAAGAUCACGAGGUACCUAGAUCAGAAUUACCCAGAAUUCUCUGAGCCUCAGCUGGAGGAGGACAAUGACCUGGAUAGUGAUGGUCAGAUGCAGAAGACCAAUGUUAGAGAGGGAGCUCUGAAGAUCACACUGUACAUCCUGAGGACCAUGGAGCAAAAUGAUCUUGCUGACAUGCUGGAGAAGAGGCAUCUUCUGUCACAAUGUCAGCGCAGAAUCAAAUGCAACCUGAAGAAGAAAUGUGAGAGUGUAUAUGAAGGGCAAGCUAAGGAAGGACAGCCAAUACUUCUCAGUGAGAUUUACACAGAACUCUACAUAACUGAAGGUGGGACUGGAGCAGUCAAUGAUGAACAUGAAGUGAGACAGAUUGAAACAGCAUCCAAGAAAAGGCGAACAGAAGAUACUACAGUCAAGUGCAAUGAUAUAUUUAAACCCUUAUGUGGGCGUGAGACACCUAUCAGAACUGUACUCACUAAAGGGGUGGCAGGUAUCGGGAAAACAGUCUCUGUGCAGAAAUUUAUUCUCGACUGGGCAGAAGGAAAAGCAAACCAGGAUGUUCACUUCAUAUUUGCUCUUCCUUUCCGGGACCUGAAUUUGAUUAAGGGUGAAUACAGUCUCAUUGAACUGCUUCACCACUUUGUCCCAGAACUGAAAUCUCUUGAAUCCACUGAGCUGUUUAUGUACAAAAUCUUGUUCAUCUUUGAUGGUCUGGACGAGUGUCGCCUUCCUUUCGAUUUUCAGAACAAUGAGAGCUGGUUUGAUGUCACAAAGAAAACGUCACUGGAUGUGCUGUUGACUAACCUCAUUAAGGGGAAUCUGCUCCCAUCCGCUCUCCUCUGGAUAACCUCCCGGCCAGCAGCAGCCAAUCAGAUACCUGCUAAGUGUGUCCACCAGGUGAAAGAGAUACGAGGGUUCAGUGAUGCCCAGAAGGAGGAGUAUUUCAGGAGGAGAUUUAGGGAUCAGAGCCUGGCCAGCAGGAUUAUCACACAUGUGAAAUCAUCAAGGAGCCUCUUCAUCAUGUGCCACAUACCUGUGUUCUGCUGGAUUUCAGCCACUGUGCUUAAGAGGUUUUUUAUUGAGACUGACAGGGGAGAAAUUCCAAAGACUCUGACUGAAAUGUACACACACUUCCUGAUCUUUCAGACAAGUUUAAAAAAUGACAAGUAUAUGAAAAAACAAGAAACUAAGCUUAAAGAAUACAGCAAGGAAUUCCUUUUAAAACUUGGUAAUCUUGCUUUUGACAACCUUGAGAAAGGCCAUCUCAUAUUUUAUGAGCAAGAUCUGACAGAGAAUGGCAUUGAUGUCACUGAAACUUCAGUUUACUCUGGAGUGUGCACAGAAGUCUUUAAAGAGGAGUAUGGGUUGUACCAGGAGAAGGUGUACUGCUUUGUGCAUCUGAGCAUCCAGGAGUAUCUCGCUGCUUUAUACGUGUUUCUGUCAAACUCAUCAGCUGACUUGCUGAAGACUGCAGUGAAUCAGGCAUUAGAGAGCAAGAAUGGACACUUGGACCUCUACCUCCGCUUCCUCCUGGGCCUCUCAACAGACUCCAGUAAGACUCUGUUACAAAGGCUACUGGGGCCAACAGAAACCUGCUCACAUACCAUUAAGGAAAUAGCCCAAUACAUCAAGGAGAAAAUACAGGAGAAUUUAUCUCCAGAAAGGACCAUCAACCUGUUCCACUGUCUGACUGAACUGGGUGACAAUUCUCUAGUAGAGGAAGUACAAAGAUACCUGAAUUCAGGAAACAUUUCAGCAGAUGUCCUCUCACCUGCACAGUACUCAGCUCUGGCCUUUGUGAUGCUGAUGUCAGAUGAGGAGCUGGAUGUGUUUGAUCUGAAAAAAUACAUCAGACGAGAUAAACAGCACUGCAGGCUGCUGCCUGUGGUCAAGAACUCCAGGACGGCUCUGCUGAACAGUUGUGAACUCACAGAGGAAUGCUGUGAGGCGCUGGCUUCAGCUCUCAGAUCAAACUCCUCACCCCUGAGAGAGCUGGACCUGAGUGACAAUGACCUGCAGGACUCAGGAGUGAAGCUGCUCUCUGCUGGACUGGGGGACUUACACUGUAAACUGGAGAUACUGAGACUGUCAGGCUGUAGAGUCACAGAAGAAGGCUGUUCUUCCUUGGCUUCAGCUCUGAGGUCAAACCCCUCACACCUGAGAGAGCUGGACCUGAGCUACAAUCACCCAGGAGACUCAGGAGUGAAGCUGCUCUCUGCUGUACUGGAGGAUCCCAACUGUAAACUGGAGAAGCUGCAUGUGGAUCACGGUGGAGAGUGCAGGACCAGACCAGGCUUACAGAAAUACUCCUGCCAGCUGACGCUGGACCCCAACACAGCAAACAGACGCCUGUCUCUGUCAGGGGGGAACAGGAAGGUGAAAUGGGGGGCAAAGCAGCCAUAUCCUGAUCAUCCAGAGAGAUUUGACAGCAUCCACCAAGUUCUGUGCAGAGAGAGUCUGACUGGCCGCUGUUACUGGGAGGCUGAGUGGGAUGGAGAUGCAGCCUGGAUAGGAGUGACUUAUAAAGGGAUCAGGAGGAAAGGAGGGAGUGACUGUGAGCUUGGAUACAAUGACAAGUCAUGGAGUCUGUACUGUGAUACUGACAGUUACUCUGUCUGGCACAAUAAGAAACAGACUCUCAUACCCAUAAAGCCCUCAGGCUCCCGCAGAGUAGGAGUGUAUCUGGACUGGGGGGCUGGUGCUCUGUCCUUCUACAGAGUCUCCUCUGAUGGACUGACCCUCCUGCACAGAUUCACCUCCUCAUUCACUGAGUCCCUCUAUCCAGGGUUUUAUGUUAAUAUAAACUCCUCAGUGUCACUGUGACGUGUUGCUGGUUCUCCUGCAAAAAGGUAAAAUCUCUGCUUUUUAACCUUUAUAAUCCUUUUCACUCUGAAAUGUACAGAACUGUGCAAAAAAAAAUGAUGCCAAAGUGUGUUGCUAGUUUUUAUUGUUACUCUUAAUUUGUUCUAAUGUUAAAUUGUGCUUUUUUGUUCUAAGCCAAAGUACACUUGCUACCCAGAUAAACAGCUUUAAACAUUUCUUUGGACUGACUAAGACUUUUGCACAGGACUGUGUGUUUGACAAAAAAUAAAUGACUGUUUUUAGUGAGCUGAAUAACAUCAAAAAUAUAGUUUAAUAUGUUUUUUUCUCUGACUAAAAUGUAAUUAAAUGUAAUCCUGGGGGGGCUAUCCCCUUUUCCUGUAUAUGUACAUUUUAUGUAUUUAUGUCCAUUUACUGUAUUUCCUCCCUGUACAGUGACAAUAAAGGCUUUCUGUUCUGUCCUAUUAAUGUCCUGCUUCAGCGUCACCCAAAGCAUAACUGAGUGAUAUAAUGAAACCACAGUCUGCUGGAUUAAGUUAAAUUCACUGUAUUACUGCAGCUGAACAUAACUGACACAAUGACUGUCAAUCAAUGUGUAUAAUAAUCAUUUAACUGGAGACAUAACAGACCGAAAAAACACUGGAAAAU